AUGAGCCGACCCGAAGCUGAUGCAACACCGUUGACAGGACUCUUGCAAGGACUCCAAGCUUCAAUAGCACAGCUCACUCAAGCCUCGCUAUCCCAGACGGAAGCCUUCAAGAACCUUAAAGAAGAUCUCCUUUUAUUACCUGACUCACAAGACGAACGUUCAGAUGAAGAGGAGCCAAACCACGACGCCGUUGACCCAACGGCCGCCGUGAAUGCCUUGCUCGACACCAACAAAGGCGCCCACGUGGCAAAGUCGGCCGAUGGCUAAGAUCAACGCUCCACGACAGAGCAGGAUGUUAUUGAUAGCCUGACUCAGGCUUUAAAAUCCAAACCAAAGAAAUCUCCACCCAUUGACGCCAAAAUCGCAUCUUUCGUCGAUGACAUUUUGACCGGAGAUUUGUCCGCCGACAUGGCGAGGGAGAAAGGAGAGAAGUAUCCUCCUCCUGAAAAUUGCAAACACAAUCAAGCUAUUACUAUUAAC